GUGUGCUUCAUUAGAGUUGCAGGUCUGGAUGCUGAAGAACUCAAAGCUGAUCACAGAACAGCCUGUAUGAACCACAAAGCCAAAUAAAUGCAGGCCCUCUCUGGCCACAACCAGUCUUUAUCUGGGUGUCUGCUUGUGUUUUAAUGAAAAAUCACAGUGUGCAGCAAACCAGACUGAGCUAUGGGUCGAGUAGAGAAAGAAGUUCGUCUCGAGUUACUUUCUGCACUCACUGGUGCUACCGUGAAGCCCUACACCGAUUUGCGAGCACGCAAUACUACUGAACUCAAUAUAUAUAAUUUAUUGUCUUCCUUCUUGACUGAUGAAUCUCAUGUGCCGUUACGACUAGCAGGACUAGGAUUUUCCAGCUCGCAUGAGGUGCUGUGUGUGGACAUAGAUGAAUUAUUUGAUCCGAAGUACGAUUAUGAUUUCACACACUGCACUGACAAGUCAGUUUGCUGGCGUGGUGAUGAGCUUUACAAACGCCCGUAUGGAUGGAACCGCAUUGCUCUCAAAGUCCUGGAUAAGUAUCCUGAAGGAAAUACCUGGCUGGGCACGGAUGGAUGGAGAAGUCACUCAGUGGUUGGUGAAUGGCCCGUCUCCUAUCAUGGAACCAGCAUUGAAGGUGCUAGAGGAAUCAUUUCAUCUCAUUACAGAGCAGGUCCCAGACAACUGUAUGGACGAGAAGUCUAUUCCACCUAUGACAUCGACCAGGCUUCCGGUUACAGCAUGGAAUUUACAUCUAAAAAGAAUGGGAAGACAUACAGAGUCCUGAUGCAGAACCGGAUCAAUCCAGACAUGAGGAAAGUGUGUGAAAGACAGGACUACUGGCUCAUUGAGGUUCCUGAUGGCACCUCACCUGCUGAAGAGAAGGAGAUUGUGGAGAAAGCCAUCCGACCAUAUGGAAUUCUGCUGAAAGAGGUGUGAUGAAUGAAGGGGAAAUAUUGUAUGUCUUUUUCUUGUUUAUAUUAUCACUCGUGAGGUUCUUCAAUCUUGAUUCUGUAACUAAUACUGUGAGAAUGUGAUUUUCAGAGAGUGCUACUUAAUAAAACUCUUGCAAGAUGAUGCAUAUGCUGUAGUUAUGUAAACAAUGUAUUCAAAAAAAGUUUCUAAAGAGGUGUUUUUUCAUUUCAAAUGCAUGUUAUAAACCACUCAAACUCUGUGAUUUCAGAUUGAUAAGAACUUUCUAAGGAUCAGAGUCAUAUUACAUGAAAGAGCUGUGCAUAAUAUUGCCUUUGCAAUUCAGAAUCAAUAUCGUAUUAUUAGUGUGUCGGACAGCAGAAAAAAAUGCCUUUUGUCUCCAUUUACAUGAAUAAAAACUCACCCGUGUGACAUUUGGUGAAUACAGUGUGAAGUAUCAACAUCAA